AUGGCGUCAAGUCAACCCUCACUAUCAGUUGCCGACCAGAUUCGCCAACUCGAGGGAGCCCGCAAGCUUGUAUUGGGCGAUGUCACGUACUACCCCCAAGUCAUCCAAGCAACACUGCCCAUCAUCGGACCCUCGUCCCAAGUCGAAUUCCGAAGAUGGGGUGCCGAGUUCCUUGCCGAAGCUUUCGCAACACCGGCCGUCCAGCUCAACCAAAAGGAGACACUUUCGCUGCUAGUACUGGAGACCCUGAAGCUGCUGGUAGAGGACGUCAACCAGGACGUCGUCGUGUUGAGGAGUGCUAUACAGGCCGCUGCCAGCAUAUACCCGCUUGCGAUGCGCUGGAUAAUCAACAACUCCUACGAUACUUCUACCUGGCAACGAAUGACAGCCAUCAAGACUAGAAUACUGCGAAUCUGGGAAACUGCACCUGUAACUAUACGCAUGUGCUGCGUCAAGUUCGCCCAACGGAUUGUGCUUGCACAGACACCGAGCGUCAACACAGAACCACGGCGUGGCGAUCCCCUCGAUAUAUCUCUCCUGAUGAUCCCACCGAAUCAUCCCGUACUCGAAGGACCCAGUCUCGAGGCUGAAGCAUUUGGGCUGCUAGAUAGGGUCUUGGGCGCCUUGCAAGACAGCAGCAGUGAUGCUCUGAUUGUCGAUGCAACUCUCAAUACCUUGUCCAUUCUCAUCCGCAUGAGACCUGCCACGUCCAGCCGGAUUCUCAAUACCCUCUUGAAUUUCAACCCAUUGAGACUUGCCAGCUCUCCCAUGUCAUCAAAGACAAAGGUUCUGGUCAAAUCCAUGGAGAAGACGACACGGAUGUUGCUCAUCCACCUGUCGAGACGCGAUCCCCACAAUCCGCUUGCUGGCCGGAUGCAACAAUACGUUGAACGACUGAUGCAAUCACGAGCUGAACUUUUCGACGAGACAAGUCGGAAACGAGCAAUGCCGGACCAGGGAAGCGCUUUGGAGGCCAAGCGCCAGCGCGUCGCCACUGUGCCUGCACAACCGCAGAUCGAGAUCCCUCCUCUGAAGCCCGGUCCUCGCAGCUUGGCAGAAGUCUUCACCUUGACCACCAAUGAGGGGUUGAAGAAUUUCAACGUAGGCGACAUUGUUCCAGCACCGAUUGCCGCCAAGAUCAGUGUCCGGACAAUUGCCCAGCUAGACCCCAGGCUUUUGGAGCUGGCUAUCAACGGUAUCAAAGAACGCCUGGUAGCUCUUCACGAAGCAUCUCAGCAACCCAUCAACCCUGAGACUGCACCACUGGGCGUAGAGGAGGAUGAUGAUGACUACGAACCCGAUUACUACGCGGCAGAAGAUACCGAGCAACUGCUGAAUAAGCUCGAUUCCUCCCCUUCCGACGAAAGACGUGAAUUGCAGAAGCCGGUGUUGAACGGUCUUGCAUUACCGACGUUUUCCCUACCGCCACCACCGAUAUUAGAUUCGGACCAGGCUGCCAGGGUUGGACAAGGAUCUGUCACACGCGUCUUCGGCACAAUGAAGACACUCGAAGACCCUGCCGUCAAGAAGAUGAAGGCUGGCAUUAACAGAUUGGCAGCUAAUUCGUACGACCGCGACUCGUGGAUUACCGUAAUUACUCGCCUAGCAACCCGAGCCAAUGCGGGUCUUGACGACAUCUCGGUCAAGGAGGAGAGCAGCCAACUGGUCCUACCUACAAGCAGCGUCAAUAACAGUAUACGUGAAAGCCUCUACAGCUACGUCCUCGAAGACUUUCGAAAGCGUAUCGAGGUAGCUGUGUCGUGGCUAAGCGAGGAAUGGUACAACGACCGAGUACAACGUCAGGCUGCAUCCGCUUCCGCAACACCACGUCAUGUACCGGCGCAUUACGAAAAAUGGGCUCUUCGUCUUCUCGAUGGGUUCCUCCCAUACCUCCACGCGCAGGAUAAAGUUCUGACGCGCUUCCUCAGCGAGCUUCCCGAGCUGGACGCUCCAAUUCUUUCGCGCGUCAAGACACUCUGUCGAGACCCGAGCUUAGUCCAGCUUGCUCUUACGAGCUUAUACUAUUUGAUAGUAAUGCGCCCGCCCGUCCGGGAUCUGGCGUUGGAUGCAAUUCAGGGGAUCUGGACCGAGUAUGAGGACUCUCGGCCCAUGGCUGCCAAAUAUCUGCAAAAAUGGCGUCCUGCCUUUCUGCAAGAGGCACAACAAGGUCUGGCUGCGAAUGGCACACCGUUGGCAGCUAGCAUCACGGCUUGA